CUGUGCUCCUGCUGAUAGAGAAGCUGACGGAUGUAUAAUGGCUGCCCCGUCCUGAGAGCAGAGACACCCGGACCUGCCCGUGGGGCGGCAGCUGCAGCCGGAGGGGUUGCCGAUAGGCUGGGAGAUACCAUUAGCACGGUGGGAGGGGACUGGGAGGAGCUGUUGAACUCUUGUUAUGGCCCAUUUGAAGAGGAGUCGGGAGGAGGCGUGGCCAGAAGAGAAUGGGGAUCGGGAGCAUGGACUGUACAGUCUGCACCACAUGUUUGAUAUUAUUGGGACUCACCUGACUCACAGGGACGUGCGAGUUCUCUCCUUCCUUUUUGUGGACGUUAUUGAUGACUAUGAGAGGGGGAUGAUUCGCAGUGGGCGGGACUUCUUGUUGGCUCUGGAAAGGCAGGGCCGCUGCGAUGAGACCAACUUCCGGCAGGUCCUUCAGCUCCUGAGGAUCAUCACGAGGCACGACCUGCUGCCUUACGUCACGCUCAAGAGGAAGAGGGCGGUGUGUCCGGAUCUGGUGGACAAAUACCUGGAAGAGACGUCCAUUCACUACGUAACGCCGAGGGGCCACAGCAGUACAGAGGCCGACGGUGACCAUCCGCGCACGCCAGCACCUCCUCACCACCCUGUCGUCUGCUCCUCCCCGUCUGGACCCCAGAUCUGCACAAAGCGACCCGUCCGGGGCCGACCCCCGCUCAGCAGCCAGAGGAAGAGGAGGAAGUCCGUCACCCCUGAUCCCAAGGAGAAACAGACCUGUGAUAUCCGGCUGCGAGUGAGAGCAGAAUACUGUCAGCAUGAGACCGCCCUCCAGGGAAACGUCUUCUCCAACAAGCAGGACCCUCUCGAGCGACAGUUUGAACGUUUUAACCAGGCCAACACCAUCCUCAAAUCCAGAGACCUCGGCUCCAUCAUCUGUGACAUCAAAUUCUCCGAGCUCACCUACCUGGACGCCUUCUGGCGCGACUACAUCAACGGCUCUUUAUUGGAGGCCCUCAAGGGCGUCUUCAUCACGGACUCGCUCAAGCAAGCCGUGGGCCACGAGGCCAUCAAACUGCUGGUCAACGUGGACGAGGAGGACUAUGAGAUCGGCCGCCAGAAACUGCUGCGAAACUUAAUGGUGCAAACGGCUCUGUGAGGCCGAAACCCACGGGAAUAUAAAAAAAAACACUUACAAAGGCGACUUUUGCCCAGCAGGAAUAAACCGCCGAUCACCGGGGGUUAACUCUGCUUAGUAAAUGGCCUUUAAAGGAUAAGUAAACCUUUAAAAUAAGUGAAUGUAAAAUUGAUGAGGGCGUCCUUUACAUUCAUUAUUUAUUUGGUUUUAAUUCCAAGAUAUUAAGGGAUACAUGUACUGACAACUUCCUUGACUACUUGCUGGUCAGACUGGUGGGAAACUGACCAGCAGGUGGCGCUGUUGUAACAAAACUCAUUUAAAUUAAAAGGGUUGUUCACCUUUAAAUUAACUGUUAGUAUGAUGUAGAGAGGGAUAUUCUGAGACAAUUUGCAAUUGGUUUUCAUUUUUUUACAUCUCUGGUUUUUGACUUCUUAUUUUUAUUCAGCAGCUCUCCAGUUUGCAAUUGCAGCCGUCUGGUUGCUAGGGUCCAAAUUCCCCAAGCAACCAUGCACUGAUUUGAAUAAGAGACUGGAAUAGGAGAGGCCUGAAUAGAAAGACGAGGAAUAAAAAGUAGCAAUAGCAAAAAAUGUGUAGUUCUAGAGAGCAAAUGUUUUCAGAUAGGGUCAGUGACCCCCCCAUUUGAAAGCUGGAAGGAGUCAGAAGAAAAAAGGCAAAUAAUUAAACUAUAAAUAAAGGAGACCAAUUGAAAAGUUGCUUAGAAUUAGCCGUUCUAUAACAUAUUAAACGUUAACUUCAAGGUGAACCAUCCCUUUAAGGUAUGAAAAUUAAAAUUACGGAAAGAUCUGUUAUCUGGAAACCCCCAGGUCCAGAGCCUUCUGGUCUCAUCCCUAUACCCUGUACUUGAUCCCAACUUAAUCCUUCUUGGUGGCAAACCCCCCAUUUGAAAGCUGGAAAGAGUCAGAAGAAAAAGGCAGAUGAUUAACUAUAUAUAAAGGAGACCAAUUGCAAAGUUGCUUAGAAUUGGUCUUUCUGUAACAUACUGAAAGUUACUUUAAAGGCAAACCACCCCUUUAACUGCACAUUAGUGAUGUGCGGGUGGGUAAAAUUGUACCCGCACCCGACCCUAACGAAUCUGGCUUCCAUCUUAGGGCCCACGCCGACCCACCCCGCCGAUGACGUCACAAAAGGGGUGGGGCAGGAGGCGUGCGUCUUUAAAAAAUGGAGCCGUCCGUUCAGAGCAGGAAAAAGAGUUUAACCCGGACCCGCCACCCGCAAAUGAAGGUGCGGGGUCGGCCCUAACCCACCCGACCCCCGGGUAUCAGACCUGCCCGCACAUCACUACAGUACAUGUAUCCCAUAAUAUGUUGGAAUGAAAAACAAAGUAAAUAAUGAAUGUAAAUGACAAAAGUGCUUAGAAUCGCCCCCUCAUCAAUUUUACAUUCAAUUCUUUUAAAGGUUUACUUCUCCUUUAACCAUGAGUUCACCCCCAUUAUUUUUCAGUACUUUUUUUUGAUAAAUAACUAUAAAAAAAAAAAAAAA